AUGGCGCUCAGCUCGACUGUUGUCUGUCUUCUCGCCGGUUUGCUUCUCCUCAGUCUCGCGCGGGCAGAUGUGGGCGUGGCCACGCAGCGUCUUCGCCCAGCGGAUCAGCAGAAAUCGGCCCUGUAUCCAGCAGCCGGCUUUAAGCCCUCUAGACAGUUUGGCCUUCCGGCAACCGACCAGCAACCGAAAUCCGCUCGCCUUGUGGCCAACAGUGAAGCGCAGGAGGAUCUCGACGACGCCGCCGAGGAGGUGGAGGUGACGCAACCAAAGACAGUUUCUGUGCCACGCCUAGUUCCUGCUCCAGGGCCAGCAUUACCGGUAACUCCCACCAUCGCAUACUAUCCGGCCGAAGCCGUGGGAUUCGUCCAGCCAUCAACUUUCGCCAAGUUCAUCGGUGGCCCACAGCAGGCUGCACCAUAUGUAGCUGCGUCGCAGUACUACCAAGCCUAUUUUGGAUAGACACGAACAGAUACAGAUACAGAUAAAGAUACAGAAUACAUUAAAAAAGGAUUUAUAACGUCUUAGUUAACUUAUAUAACUUUAAUUGUUAAACCUGACCUGUUCCACACAGACAGUAAUCCCAUACAUAUGUCCAAACAUACAUAUGUCCAUCUGUCCGUAUGAACGUCGACAUAUCUGAAAUUAUAAGAGCGAUAAGAUUCAGGUUGUUUCAGAGUAAUAACAAUAAAUAUACAAUAUACAAU